UUGUUUUGAAAGCGUCAUUUUUUCCGGUAAAAGUAGUGCACUCUGGGUAAAGGAAAAAAACGAUUAAUUUAACACGGAGCUGCAUCUUCCCGGAGAAAAAGCUGAGACUCCAAAGGUCAGAACAGUUCAUCAGACAAGUAAAGAAAUGGGUCCUGUUGGGACAACUGUCGCCAUUGUAGGAGGUGCAGUUGUUGGUGUGGUCGGGGCUCCUGUUGUUCUGGGAGCCAUAGGUUUCACCUCAGGAGGAAUCACAGCAGGCUCUUAUGCUGCCGGCAUGAUGUCAUCAGCUGCGGUUGCUAACGGAGGAGGAGUGGCAGCAGGAGGUCUGGUGGCCACUCUGCAGGCGGCAGGUGCAGCUGGUCUGUCUGGAGCUGCUAAUGUAGCCGUGGCCGGCGCUGGAGCAGCAGCGGGAUGGCUGACUAGCUUCAUCCGUCGCUAAUCACAAAGAAACAAAAUGCAUUUACAGUGUUUCUACUUUGGCCAAAUUAAGGUUAUUGCAAAUUACAUCAGUGUUUUUACUAAACAGUGCAAGAAAUCUGUAUAACCUGUGAAAGAUUCUCAUUCAGGGUGUCAUCUGUAAACAUCAUUGGAUGUUUUCACCUGACUGAUUAAACAGAAAAUGAUUCA